AAGUUUGUGAGGAAGAAAACCCGGAAAAGAAAACACAAAACGCAACUAUUUAGCAUGGAUCUACUCAAAUAACGUUAUUUCGGUUACUUCGAUGUUAUUUUUUAUACCUUGGAAUGCAUUUGAAUAUUCUUGUGCAUUUCUUUUCUGUACGAUUGGAUUGGAAGAAAGUAAGCCUCGAUACUAAUAAAAGGCAAGAGUUCAUGCGACAAUCGUCGUUAAGUCCAGUGGUUAACGCAAAGCUAAUGUGUUACUUGGCAACAGUUAACUUGUUUUAAAAGACUUUUCUUAAUGGGCUCUGCAGUGUUUUUUCAAUGUGGCUAAGGCAUUUCCUGUGGCCAGUCCAACGCGCAGUCUUACCUAACAAUGACAGAGUCUCCAUGUAAGGUGGCAUUCACAGGCGUUGUCCUUAAACCUCUGGAGUCCACUCCACGGAGAUCCAGCAGAAAGAUUCAUCUGAACCAAGAACAAUUUAUAACCUCCUCGCCAAAUACAAAUUCACUUAAAGACCAGUCUGAGCUAUCUUCACCCUCUCCUGGAAAGAUCCAAAAGAUAAAAGGCACAGAAUCCCCAGGCAAUAAAGUGAAAACAUGCAACUGGAGGAGUGGCCAGAAACCAACACGACUGAGGAUGAACAAGCAGAGAGCCUGUGUUAAAAACACAAAUUCUCACACCAAACCAAAAACUGGCAAAAAAACAAAUGCAAGGAAACUUUUUACCAAGCAAACUCAACGCUCAAGGCCAAGGUUAAAUUUGGACAAUUCAAGUUCAGGCGAGCAAGAUGAGUUACCAUCAUCAGACCUGUCAAUAGAGCUAAGUGUACAUGAGGAACCACAGCCACAUUUGUCCUUCCAGGAGGAUGAGGAGAGUCAGGAAGAUGAAGAGGAGUUUCCAAGUUUCUUAAUGGGAGACACAAAAUCUUCAUCAAUAAUAGCAGGAGGAUUUGUUUGGUAUAAAUUCAGAAAUUGUCCUUUCUGGCCUGCAAUGGUAAAAAGAGUGAACCACAAAAUCAAAAAAGCCAGUAUUUUGGUUGUUGAUGAGAAGUUUAUUCAACAAAAGAGGGGAUUUUUUGUCUCUCUGAAAACUCUCAAACCAUAUGAAUGUGAAGAAGUCAAGGAACUUAUUUGCAAAGCCAAAGAAAAAUAUGAUGUAGCCAUUCAGUGGUCGAUUGAUCUCAUAGAGGAUUACAUUAUACGUAAAGGAAUUGGAUCGUUCUCAGGCUCAUUUAUUGAGUACUGCGCACAUAAUAUAAGUUAUCCAGUGAGAAGAAAAUACCAGGCAAUUUCAGAAAGACUGACUUUUGCCAGUGACAUCAUGAUGGAUGAGUCCUUCUCAUUUGAUGAUGUUGAUGACAGUAUUAAUGAGCCGCAGGAGGAAGAGGCGAAGCAUGCAAAGAGGCUGCUACCGGACCGGACACACGCUGCCCAUAAGCGAGCAGAUGAAAAGCUCGUUCAUUUCAUUGUAAAGCAGCGCAAGGUGGACCAGCACCUCAUGGCAGUAAUGUGUGGGAAGCAGCAGUCCAAGUGGCUUCGCUUGUUCUUGAGUCCAAGGAAAAGAAGAAAAGGGAUAGUGAAUAUUUAUUUGGAAGACGAUGAACAGUUGGACCAGGUGUACUGGUAUUUAAGCAAGCUUUACACAACAGCUGCAAACACUUGCCUUGAGAGCAUUAAAGCGAUAGACCAUGUUCCCUUUGUCCUGGAUGUCCUUUUACCAGAGGCUAUAAUUCAUGCCAUAGCUGGAGUAGAUAACAUCUCAAUGAAAAAAGCAGAAGAAAAAUAUCUGGAAGGCCGAUGUAUAAGCAACAGGGAAAGGCAAGAAUUUGACUUGAUGAUUGAACAACAGAUGAAGAUGAAAUCAGCUGCUGCAUUACUCUGAGUGUUUUAUAAACUGUCAAAAAAUAAUGACCAUUAACUGGAAAUGUCAUUAAAAUCAAACAUGAAAUUAUGUAAUAAAAUUAGACAAAAUGCCACAUUUCAUUUAUGUUGUAUAUAAAAUUUCAUGUUAUAAAUAUUUUUUUUAUUUUUUAUUUUUUUGUGUGUGUGUGUGUGUGGAUGCAGAAAGUGAAACAUUUGUUCAGUUGCUGCAAAAAUACACUACUGCUGCAAAGUGUCAUUGUUUGAUUUUUAUUUUUUUAUUUUAAUAAAUGGCUCCCAAAAUGCCAAAGUGUUUUUGUUAUCUAUUAUAAUAAACAACCUAACC